CUUGCUGUUCAUGCUGCGCACCCAGGAGGGCCGAGGAGGGAGGCUCUAUGCCUUGAUUUCAUAAUCCAUCCAUUGGAUCAUGCUCUCACUUUGUGUGGUGGUUAUAUUAAGCACCACUAUGCCCAUACUGUAGGUCUGGUUUCUUCUAUCGAUCGUUUUCGUUUAGGGUAACGGAGCUUCUCUGAUUGGCAGUUGUCAUUAACAUCUGAGUGAGUGGUGGAAAUAUUACGAGAUUAAUGUCGUAACAAACACUCGGGUAUUCUCUGAGUUUGUAAAGUCAAAUAUGCGAGUAAAAAACUCAGAGAUUUGCUGAAAUUAAAGUCGUAGAUUUACCAGGAGAAAAAAACUCGGAAAAAUAGUGUUUAUUGGGAGGCAUGGAAGAACCACAUCGCUUCGCUUUGAAAAGUUGGAUAUACCUCCUCACACCAUAACUUGAUCGGGUAUCAUGAACAUUCAAUCCAAAAUAGUGUCCUAUAGGCUGUUUCUUCCUUUCAUAAAAUAGCUUCCCUCAGCCAUCGAGAAACUGAUUCAAGGUGAAUGUUGACGCAGGAUGCUCUCUGGAUGGUGUCAUCGGACGCCCGAUGGCUGCUGUGGAGCUUCUCAGGUAGGAGACAGGAACUGCAUUGGCAUCCCAUUGGUACAGCUUGUGAUGCCUUAUCACCCCUUUAGCACAGUAUAAUAGCUUAUUUCCGCCACAUACCAGUAGUUAUGGAUUGGUAGAAUAUUCGGAUUUUUAUCUCCUUAAUUUGUGAGUUUAUUGUCUUUCUCGCAGAUUUACCACUUCAAUCUCAGAGAAUAUCAGAGUUUCUUUCUCGUAAAUGUAUACUUAAAUCUCAGAGGAUAUCCGAUUUGCUCGUAGAUUUACGAUUUAAGUCUUUGAAAUUGUGAGUUUUUUCUAGGAAUAUUACGCCCCUCUCCGAACUCCAUAUAUUGUUUAACCUACAUUGACCCUAAUAUGCCGUCGUAGGUGGGUUUAGAUUAAGUAGAGGUUAUCUGGGCUUGUGCGUCACUCUUCACGAGAGGCUGCACAGGGUUAACUUUUCUCUCCUCGCCUCCUCGCGCUUAUCCUCUCAUAAUGAGAUAUGCCUGUGAGGAACACCGUUUAAGCCUGAAAGGGUUUGAAUGUUGGGCGAAGACAACGAAACACCCGUGAUUUAAAAGGCAGGUCAAUACCGACAUUCAGGUUAUUCUUGUUUAAAGCGUUGUUGCUAGAAUGGACUGCUUUGCCUAAUUUUCAACAUCUUCGGCAACCGUGGAAACGGCCUUGAUAGGGGAGGCCUGCUUGGUUCUGGGUGUGGGAUAUACGAGGAUGCUCGACACACUUAGGAUAAACGGUGUGGAUAACGCUUUGAUUUGGUUUUCAUCAUUUCAUUAGUCGAGAAUGAGACAGUCGUCAUGUAACUCGAAGUGUUUCUGUAGCCAGCAGAAUAUGCCGUUUCCACGCUACGGAGAUCAUUUCGGCUGUGAAUAAUGGCAAGUGUGUUAGCAUUUUUACGGAUUAGUCAUGGUUAUCAAAUAGGUUUAUUCAGACAGUGUAUGAUAUAAUGUACAUUAAUUGACACUGGCAAGGAAUAACCUUCUUUCGGUGACAACAUGGCCGAUCAGAGAAGUAUACAGUCUGCCGCCUCUAAAAGUAUACGCCCAUUUAAAUCAAGCGAGGAAUAUCUGUAUGCCAUGAAGGAAGAUCUUGCGGAGUGGCUGAACAUGUUGUACGACCUGGACAGUACUGCAGAGACAUUUAUGGAGAGCCUGGAGACUGGAUGUGCUCUUUGCCGUCAUGCCAACAACGUAAACCGCGCAGCGCUAGAUUUUAUAUCGUCCUUCCCAAAGACAGUACAGUCACUACGGAUGCCAAAGAAAGAUGUGUUUUUCCAAUCUCGUAACGUCAUACCAGGCUCUUUCCUGGCGCGGGACAACGUGUCAAACUUCAUCGGAUGGUGUCGUCAAGAACUGGGAAUCAAAGACGUGCUCAUGUUUGAGACCAAUGAUUUGGUUGAGAAGUGUAAUGAGAAGAAUUUUGUGUUGUGUCUGCUGGAAGUUGCGCGUCGCGGAGCCAAAUUUGGAAUGCUGGCCCCUAUGUUGAUUCAGCUCGAGGAGGAGAUUGAGGAGGAGAUUCGGGACCAGGAGAAUUUAAGGGAACACAGUCCUCCCAGCAAAACGUUAAGUCGAAAAGAGAGUGUUGAAGACUCGGACCCACCUGUGUUGGACCCGUGGCAUCAGAAACAGAGAGUGCUGUGUGAUAUGCGUAACCUGGACGAGCUGGUCUGUGAGAUUUUGGGCCAGUGCUCUUGUCCUAACCAGUUCCCCAUGAGCAAAGUUUCAGAGGGGAAAUAUAAAGUUGGUGACUCCAGUGCUCUUAUCUUCAUCAGGGUCCUGCGUACUCAUGUGAUGGUUCGUGUAGGGGGGGGCUGGGACACACUAGAGCACUACCUGGAUAAACAUGAUCCUUGCCGCUGCGCUGCUUUUGCUCACCGUUAUCAGCAGGCUAAAGCUAGUGGGCAGGGUUCCCACAGCAAGUCCUCCAGUGCCCACUCGUCCCGUUCCACCAGCCCUGGGCCUCACUGGCGGAAUGAAAGUGCUGGUUCCAAGACCUCGGAGCGACAUUCCUUGGAACCCUCUGGAAGCUCCUCCUCAUCUCUAUCCCGACAGGGACGCUCCCACCAUCCUUCCCUUUUCACAGAGAGGGAGUCCAGUACCGGUCGUAACCCCGCACUUUUGUCACGGACAAACCGGGACCACUCUGAGCCUCGCCAUUUCAAGCCUUUCAGGAAUAAAGAAUCCUUGGUGCCGGUGACACGCAGGCUCUCUGGUGGGAGUGACUCGUCGACAGCCUCUUCCAAAGGCAGUUGUGGUCUACAGCGUGCAGGCGGGGAGGAAGUGGUUCUGCUUGUCAAUCGCAGGGAGGGACGGCAUCUGAUUGAACGGGUCGGUGGACAGGAUGAGUUGGCUGCUCUGCAGACUCCUCAGACACGUACAAGAAACCUCUCGAGAGAGCGCUUCGCACAGUCAUCCCAAACCCCCCUUCAACACAGCCCACGGCGUGUGUAUGCAGAGGGCCAUCGAACCGCCGCCCAUCAGAAUGAUUCUCAGUGCCCUAAGAGUCCGUGUCGUCUCCCAACCACUAACUCUCCUAGUCAGGAUAAGGUGCUGUCUUCCCGUGGUGGUGACAUCAGCCCAGGGGCAGAGAGCUGGGAGAGCUGGGAGGAUUUGCGGUCCAGGCAGGCGACAGGCCUGCAUGGUGGUUACUCCAGGAGACAGAUCUCCACCUCUGCCUCCAGUGGCCCAGUCAAAGGCGCUUCCUGUAAUAGGAGUGGAAGCCCUGCGAAAAAGGGAUUGGUGACCCCCCGUCCCCCAGCAUCUCCAUCUGUUGGCAGGAGUAGACUGCUCCCCCCUAUGUCCCAGCCGGGACGACAUUCUCCACAGUCCUCCUAUCGCUCGUCCCAUCAUCACCACAAUCAUCCUCCACGAUCCCCGCGCUCCCAAGGCUCCCGUACAUCUUCACGCCCCCAGAGGAGUAGGUCAAACCCAAGGCCCUCUCUUCAGACUGAAUCCCAGGAUGAAAUAUCUGGACUGGGUUACAGCUUAAAGCAUCUACCCAGCUUGGAUCCCCAGAAGGAAGAAGACAUGUACCGCAGCUUUGAAGAAGAGUAUCUGGUCAACACCCAACAGCUGUCCGGGCCUGGCCCAGACAGAGGUACAGUGGGGAAGGACAUUCUUCCAGUUCCCCCACAGCUCCAGGAUCAGCCCUUCACCCUGUGUGUCCUUCCCAAACCAGCCUCAGGGGAUUUGAAUGUGACAAAUUCAGCCUCCUCCUCCUGCUCCUCCACCUCCUCUCUAAAUGUUGGGGGGAAAGUGUUUGGACUAUUUUCAGACCUGAAAGACGUCAAAAGGACUAAACAGUCGUGUGUCCUGAAUGACCCAACCACCUUCUUUCAGAACCCAAGCGUGGAAAUGCUCUCUGAGAUCAAACAGUGGAGCGACUGUGGCCAAGGUCUAAAGCCACUGCCUUCAAUUUCCACUUUAAUGAAAGAUUGUGAUGUGGGUUUAAAUCACUCCCAGCACCUGUCCCAAGCAGCUAGACCACUGAAUGGCUCUCUGGGAGUCACCUCUCUGGGUCCACACCACAGGCCAACAGAGAUGUUGUUGAAUGGACACCCAGACCUGCCAAAUGGCAGGGAUGUGGAAACAGAUGUCUGUCUAGAGGAAUUCACUUCAGACAAGCCUUAUGAUUUGGAUCCCAACCCCAAUGAUGAUCUCCCACUUCUUACUUGCCCCUCGCCCGUACCAAUGCUCACUGACGACUCCUUGUUACAGGACUCAUCCAUGUGCUUCAGUGAGCCACCCCACUCCCUGGCCAAUGGUGACCUGGAGACGGCAGCAGUCCUGCGGGCCAGGAGGGGGCAGAAGAACACAGAGUGGAUGCCCUCCGUCUCUAAAAUGAAGCUGAGACCACGAGUCCGGCCACGUACUGACAACCGGCCAGAGAAUAGUCCAUCUCGCAUCCCUACCCCUAUCGGCAACAGAGACAUAGAGCCACAGCAGCACCAAACCAGUCUGCCCCCCUUGGAAACGCCAUCAGAGUUUCCUCACUUCUCUCACUCCAAUGAGUUUUCCCCCUCCAGAAAAGUGCUCCACCAGGCGAUCGCAGACCUGAUUCAUCCUCAGUCCUGCUCUCCAAGCCUGGGCCCCAGGGACUGCUCGUACUCCCCCCAGUCCAGCCUGGAUACAGAGGCAUGUAUGUAG